AUGCAUGUCAAUCGGCCGGCGCGCUCUGCCGGGGCCGGUGAAGGCGAGGCUCGCAGGCCCAUCGGCUAUUGGGCCGAGUUUAACAAUUGGUGGAGAACCAGAUUAAGUGAAGAUGGCUGCAGGCCCUCACAGGCGGAGCUCGCUCAGUGGUUCGAAGCCAACGCGCCUAUUUGCUGGCGCCCCGACGAGAUGCCGAGUUUGCAGGAAGUGCGCACCCACGCAAAAUGUUUACGGAGCACCGAGCAAGUCCGAAACUACUUCCGAAAGUAUCGCGCUGCACGCAAGGCAAGUUCAGCUAGCGUGCGAGUUUCGGGCUCCGACUCGGAGAGUGACGGCGCUGCACCAUCCGAGUCUCUCUCCAUGUCGCUAUCCGCGCUCAGAUCCCGCCUCACCGUCACCGGCGGCGCCGGUCAGCCCGUUGACCUGAGCAUCACCUCACAGCCAUCCCGCGCCGCCGUCACCACCGGCGCCGAUCCCCGUGGCCUCCUGCCGUACGUCUUCGGCUCCGGCGGCGGCGCGGGGAUUCUCUUCACAGGCGCGAGCGGUGCGCUGGCGGGACUGGCGGCGCUGCAGGCCGCCGCCGGCUCCUCUGCCGCGGCAGCAGCAGCGGCGGCGGCGGUGAUGCCCGGCGCUGGCUCGCACGCCGGUGAUGGCGGCGCCGCAGGUGGUAGCUCCCCCCCUCGCGUCUGCAAACCCUCCGCCAGCACCUGCACCGCUCCCCUGCCGUUGCCCGGGCAGCAACAACCCCAGCAGCUGCUACAACAGCAAAACGGCAGCGGCCGGUUCGUGGUCAGCGGUAGCUCCAUGAGCGCCCUUCGUCAUGGUGGACCGGCCACCUCGGCUGCCGCCGCCACCGCCGCAUGCCGAUCGAACGGUGGACCUUUGCCGCCCGUCGCUGCCGCCGCGUCGGGGCCGGUAGUCAGCUUCUCAAGCGGAGGCUUGCCACAGUACUCAACACACGGAGCAGGUCCCGCUCGAAGCAUCGGCGGCGGCAUCGUUCUGCGGCUCCCAGCCCUGCAACGCACCGCCUCCACCGGCGGCGGCGGCGGCAGCACUUCUAAGCCACGCGGUUCCACCCCCACGAAGCACUCCACUCCGGCGCCGCCAGCACCCGCCGCCAAGCGCCAGGCCACCGCGCGCGCAGCUUGCAGCAGUGGCCAGACGUCUUCCGUACAUCUAGGGGAGUACGGCGGUGCCUAUGCGGCGCCGUACGUGUGCGUGCCCAGCGUGAGCGGCGCAAGCAGUUUGGCCACCAGCCGGCAGACCGCUGCACCCGGAACGGGGGCUGCCGCCGCCGCCGCUGCGGCCUGCUUCCCAGCCACUGUAACCUCCGGUAUCAGAGACAGCAAAAAUCUUAUGACUGGUUACGCAGCCGCCGGGUACCACGUGGGGGAUAACAGCAGUGAUGGCGGGGCCGGCGGCGGCGGCGGCGUUUACCUUCCCAUCGCCGCCGCAUCCUCCUGCCCUCACAACUUGCAGCACCACUUCCAGCCGUAUAUCAACAGUAACACCGUUCCGCAUGCACUGGGGCUGUCGAUGGCUGGCGCCUAUUCAAGCCAUCCGUUCCCAAUUUCUAUGGCCAUACCCACUGAUGUCGCCACCGCGGCGGCUGCAGCUGGUCCAGCUAUGGCCGCAACAGCGGCGGUUGGCGCUUCAGUAGCCGCUGCCGUCGACGCCGCCGGCGCCAUGACGUCUGCGCCGGCUCCAGGGGGCCUGUCUGCGCCUGGAGGACCUGGCCCAGUAUUGGAGCAGAUCGCCUGCGACGCCGCUGCGUUGUCACCCACUCGGGCUUUCUUCCAUGAAUGGCAUCAAAGUGAUGUGGACGAUUUGCUCGUAGAUCUUCCGACAGACGCCGACGGCGGUGGCGGCGCCGCCGCUGGUGACUUGAUCACUCCUUCCGGCGGCGCGGAAGCAACUUCAGCGGCCGUUAUGGCGGCGGCAGCGGAAGGGUUGACGCUGUCGAACGCCGUACCAUCGGCCGCUACCGGCGGCGGUACUGCAGGUACCGUGCAGUUGGCAAUCAGGGCACCAACGGCUUCUCCGGCAAUCAACGUGGCUAACAUUACUGCCGACGGCGGCGGCAGCGGCGGCGGCGCCGCUGCCGCCGUCGUACCUCACUGCCUUAAGGAAGAGGGCGCCGUUGGAUGCCGUCGCGCCGUGGUUGACUCCAAGGAGGACCCUUCACUUGCAGUGUACGGCGGAGUGGACACGAGUGGAGCCGCCGGCUCGUCGCUGCCGCUGCCGCCGCCUCUCCUGCAGCCCGCCGCCUUCUCCACCGACCCCAGCGCCAACAUAGAGCACCCACCAGCUCCCUGCCUGCCAAUAUCGCUCAUGCUUUUCCCUCAACAACCCUCCUAUUCCUCCGUGUCACAGCUUGACCAGCAGCAGCUGUGCUCUAAAGUCCAACAACCGAAAUCCCCACCAUCCCCACAACAUUCACUUCCGCCGCCGCCACCGGCUAAGUCCCAACAUUCCCACCUCUCCCAGCAGCAGCAGCAGCAGCUGCUACAGCAGGCGCCGAACCGCGCCAGCGCGCAUCAAAGUACGGCAGCUUGCCCGGAUGCUGCGAUACGUUGGUGGCCAGAUCCCGGAAGCGAUGUUGGCUCAGGUCUACCGCCCAUUCGGACAAAGCUUCCGGAAGGGUUGACUUCUCCCAAGAAGCCGAACAACAACAAGGGCGCCGACCCCUUGAAUCAGCAGCCGAACGACGGCGGCGUUGAGUCGGUUGAUGCCGCCGCUGCUGCUGCUGGUGCUGCUGCUCUUCCGGGACCGGUAGCGGCCACUGGAGCAGGCGUUGGUGCAUCGGUGUACGAGGGUGGAGGUCUAUCGCCCGCAAGCGCCCACGAGCUGUUCGCAAUCCUGGAGCUGCCGCACCUCCAAAUACCCUCGUUGGUUGCAAAGGCAGGCCGUCGCCGCGAUGUCAGGGCCGAGCUCCCACCUCGACGUUGCCGCGCACCGAGUCUACCUGACGCCGCUGCCGCCACGGUCGCUAUGUCCCACGCGCCUUCCACCGGGGCCGCGACUGGGCCUUAUCAGCCGCCCUUGUGCUCUCCAUAUCCGUACGCCAACACGAAUGCACACUACCCGCCGUACGGCUACUGCCCGCCGCCGUCGUACGGCCUACCGCCGCACCACCCGUACUACUACCACCAGAUGGCACCGCCGCCUUCCGGCGGCGGCUACGACAUGUACGGCUGGUUGCCGUACCAUCUUAUGCCUCACGCCAUGCCGUAUCCUGGCGCGCCGUACCAUGGAUACCCCGUCGCCAUGGGCUCCAUGAUGCCGCCGCCGCCGCUGGCCCCGGGAUCAGCUGCCGCCGAAUGCCCGUCCUCCGCCGUCGGGGCAAUGGGCGGAAGUCAUUUGGAAGCUUCCAGCGUUCAGAUCCGUUCCUCCCGCCAAGGCCCCGCAGCCAGCAGCGGCGGCGGCGGGAUAGGGUCUUUCCUGCCGCCGACGGGGGCGGAGCCGCUCAUGCCUGGCCGGUACGUCUGGCAGGCCACCACCGGCGGCGGCGGCGGUCUCAGCAAGAUCCGCCGUACAACUUCCGGCCAUGUGGCUGCGGAGGGUGGUGAAUGCAACAACGGUGGCGGUGGCGGCGGCGGUGGUGGUGGAGCCGCUGCUGCCAAUGACACGAUGAGCACCAUGCACAGCCGUGUCGUACCUGCCACGUCGGCUGCGCGUACCCAGACGGCAGCACAGGUCAGCUACUGCUCCAAUGUGCAUCAAUGCUACAGCCAGAGUAUCGGCGCCGUACGCACCCAGGUCACGGCGUUGACGGGCGCCGAUGUGGUGACGGGCGGCGGUGGCGGCGGCGGCGGCAUUGAGGUUGAGGAGUGUGUUGAAAGCCGCGGCGCCGCCGUUGGCGGUAACAUCGCUACUGCCGCUGCCCUCGGAGGUGGCUGCAGCCCGGAACCCGUCGGCAGACAUGGUCACGGCGCGGCUACUGCCAAGCAGCAUUUGAUGCCGCCGCCGCCGCCACGGCAACCCAAGUCCGAAAAGGGAGGGAUGCUUUUACCUGCCCACAUGGUCCUCGAGAAGCAGCAGCAUCCGGUAGGCGACCAGAUCUCCGCGCUGGCCGUAGCGGCGCCCAGUACAUCCGGCCUGUCGCUGGCCCUGUCGCUACCGCUGAAGCCACCGCCGCCGCCUGACUUGGCAGACUACCCAGCUCCCACAGGCCCCGUAGAGACUGACGCUACUGGUCUCAGCCAAGGCCCCCGCAACCUCGCAACAGCAGUUGCAGCAGCAGUGUACGACUCGAACGUCAGUCCCAGCUUGGGGCCGCUGCCGCUACAGCCACCAAUAUCAGCGGCAGCGGUGGGCGCGGGUGCUGCAGUUUCGCUAGGGCCAGGCGAUGCCCGCGACGCCGCUACUGCCGCCGCCGACAGUGAUGCUGUACUACAGCCGUCGGCAGUACUGCAACAGCAGGGACAGGCGCAGAACCCUGGAGUUGGGAAGGAGAAGGAUUGCGAGUUUGCCAACGUCGCCGCUGCCGUCACUGCCGUCACCGCCUCGACAGGACGUGGUGUUGGAACAUUACAUGACGCCGUGAAGCAUGUCAGCACCGCCGCUGGUUUGCCGGCACUGCAGCCACAGCCACCGCAGCCGCAGGCAGCAGUGCCGGCGGUCGAUGAGCCCGCGGGCGCUGGUACGGCACGGGAGGACGCCGUCGACGCCGCUGCCAUGGGAGGAGGAGGAGGAGGAGUCUAUGUGUGUGAUGACUCCGAUCUUUUGGACCUUUCUUCCCUCACCGCUGGGCUGUUUUCUCCGCCGUGCAGCGAGGCACGUCGAGCGCCUGGCAGCAGCCGUGCGCCUGGCAGCCGCAGCGCCGCCGGCGCGCCUUCCACCGCUACAGCCUCUGGCGCCGCUGCUAUCGGCGGGGCCCCCAGCCUUGACGCCACUCCCAAGACCGCCGCCGGAACUUCCCUGAACUUUGCCUUCACGCCCGUCAGCGCCUACACCACCUCCCGCUCACAUGCCUUUGCAGCGCCACCACGGGCCUGUGCUACAGCCGUUCCCCCGCCGACGACGGCGUCAGCAGCAACAGCGGGCGGGCCCGCCGCUACUGCUGCUGCUGUUGCUGCUGCCAGCGGCGGCCACCAGCUGGACCCAGCGUCGCAUCAGAAGUGCCCCACAAGUGCCCGAAGUACCGACAUUUUUCGGGCCCUGGCCACGCCACGCACACUGUGUGGCUCGCCGCUUAAUUGCUCUAUACUUGCGUCUUGGCUGACCAGCCCCGCUAGCAUGACCUCCCUCGAUGCCUGCACUCGGCCGCUGAACAUGCUACUGGGCGCUCUCGACGGCGACGAUGCUGACGACAGCACGCGCCACGACGAUGCUCAUGAGCUGCAGUCUUCGGAGGUACGUCGGCAGCUGUUGGGGUUAGAAGCUGCGGAGGAGCGCGAAGCUCACGAGAGAGGUGGAGGAGAGGGCCGUGGGCUCCGACACGGGGUUACGGCUUCGAACGGUAACGGCGGCGCCGUCGUCACGACAGCGGAGGGCACAGCGGCAGCGGCAACGGCGGCGGCGGCCAGGUUUGCACUCGGCGGGUCUGGGGCCAGCGGAGAGCAAGGCGACAGCGGCGGCAGCAGUGCUCGCCCGCAUCAACUCAAAGACGGGCAUGUCCGUGCUGGAGAUAUUGAAGGAGGCGUGCUAUGCAUGUCGACGUCGGUCGGGGGUGAUGAUCCUAGCGGUGGAGCCGCCUCCGCUGCUGCUAUUGCCGCUGCUGGUGACGGUGAUGGUGACGUAGCCAUCGUCAACAGGGCUGUACGGGCUGCAGAGGCAGCGGCGGCGCCGCAGGCCCCAGACUUGACGGCCCAUAUUCGCAUUACCUACGUGCCAGUACGACAGCCGGGUACGGCAGGCGCGGCAGCAACAGUGGCAGUACCGACCAAUGCGGGUCUCUGUACGGCAAUGAAUUUAAAGGAAGAGCGGCCGCUCAAGAUGGGUCAAGAGUUUGAUGCCGUAGUUAAGGGCUUUUGCGACGUCCGUGACCCGGUGUGGUAUCAGUCGCGACACCAUCAGCUUGUUGAACGGAGGGGACUCGUCGAGGCGCACGGCAAUGAGGACGCGGACGCUCUGUGUUGUGGGCCCGAUGCAGCGGCAGCUGUUGCGAUUGCCGUUGCCAGCUCGGUCGACUUGGGCAUAUUGACGGAAGAGGAGAACACGCACGCUGAACGCGCGAUUAGCGCCGCGUAUUGA